AUUACCCUUACGGACAUGCGCACAAGAAACUUCCUUUCAAGGUGUCACGCUCCUCGGUCGCUGACACGAAAUUUGUUUUUCUUGUCAAAAACAAAUUAAUUUCCCACGUUUUAGAAGAAAGGAUCAUAUUUAUAACAACCAAACAUGCCGCAGAACGAACAUAUUGAACUCCACCGUAAACGUUACGGACGUCGGUUUGACUAUGAAGAAAAAAAACGAAAGAAGGAAGGCCGUAUGCCUCACAUUAUGUCUGAUAAGGCACAGAAACUCAGAGGUUUGAAGGCCAAAUUAUAUCACAAGAAACGACAUGCUGAGAAGAUACAAAUGAAAAAGACCAUAAGAAUGCAUGAAAUGAAGAAAACAAAACAGAAGGCUGAUGAUGCUGUCCCAGAAGGAGCCGUACCAGCAUAUUUGUUGGACAGGGAGGGUCAGACAAGGGCUAAGGUUUUGUCGAACAUGAUUAAACAGAAACGGAAGGAGAAAGCUGGUAAAUGGAAUGUGCCUCUCCCCAAAGUAAAGGGUAUCAGUGAGACAGAAGUUUUCAAAGUAGUCAAAACUGGCAAAAGACAAAAGAAAGCUUGGAAACGAAUGGUAACAAAAGUCACAUUUGUUGGUGACGGUUUCACAAGGAAGCCUCCAAAAUUUGAAAGAUUUAUUCGGCCAAUGGGUCUUCGUUUCAAGAAAGCUCAUGUAACCCACCCAGAAUUGAGAGCUACAUUUCAUUUGCCCAUCAUAAGUGUAAAGAAGAAUCCAAGUUCACCCAUGUACACAUCUCUAGGAGUUAUCACCAAAGGAACCAUUAUUGAGGUUAAUGUAAGUGAAUUGGGUUUAGUGACGCAAGGUGGUAAAGUAAUCUGGGGUAAAUAUGCACAAGUAACAAACAAUCCAGAAAACGAUGGUUGUAUUAAUGCUAUAUUGUUAGUGUAACAGAGAGAGGUGGGAAUAAAAUGGUUUUUAAACAUAAA